AUGGCGGAGCAGCUGCGGCAAAGGCCAGAUUCAGAGGAAGAGAGAGUGCUAUGGUUCGCAAGUCUUGCGCCCAAUCGGUCUAACCUGAACUUUGAAAACUUCAAAGUCGGUCUUCAAGCUACCGAAGAAAUAGUCACAACGAUCCAAGAGCUUAUUGAACAGGCGUAUUAUAGCCAUGGUUUGGACAACGCAUCAUUAUUACCAGGAGGUCCGGAUUUCAGAGACACUGUGACCGAGACAACAACAGCAUUGCUCACAAUCUUUCAGAACGUCCCAACGCAUUGGAUGAAUGAUUGGUGCGAGGCAUUGAUUCUUGAUAUAUGGAGCAAGAAUCGGUCCAAGAAAGAGGAAAUACGUGAAGGCAAGAAACCUGAACCCGCCUUGGCAGACAGUCCCACAAUCGGGAGGGAUGUUCCACGAAUCUCUGAGCCCCCUCCUCUCCACACAGCACCCACGACGCCCUCCGAGGAGAAGAAGCAAGGUCCACUUCCGAUCGAUCAGAGAACUUUCGCACUAGAAGUCAUAUCUUCCGAUAAAAUUAAACUUAGAUUGCUCCCCCCCGAGAUCUUAGAAAUCAUCUCCGUCCGAUGUGUUCCAGAAGGAAAAGACCCGGCCCUGGUCCGGAACUACCAACUGAACUUAUUCGUCGACGAAUUUGAGGAAGUCCUAAAUGCGGUGAGCGGCGACGAACCUUACAAGUUGGCAAAUGGAAAGCUUGUUUACUUUUCCAGACCUACGAAUCAGACGUUGAGGGCUGGAAGGGGUACCCAGCACAUGAUUGAGAAUCAGAAACAGUUCGAAGUUGCUGUCACCCACCUGCUACACAAUACGAAUGGAGACAGUUUAACUUUUACAUUUUUCGAGGAGAACAGCCACCAAGAGAGAAAGAGAAUGGGUGUUGAGAAAAAGGCAGCAGAAGCAGCUCAGAUAAAGAAGGAGAGUGAGGCCAAAAAGGCUGUGCUUUUCAACCAAAAGCAGAAGCAAGAGCGAGAGAGAGCACAACAUGCACGCAACCAGCGAGAGGCAACUAGGGUCAAAGUUCUGGCACGUUCGAAGGCGCAAGCACCACCUCUACCCCAAAGAAGUGCAGGAAGCAAACCAGACGAGAAUAAUAUUGAGGUGGGCGAAUCAUCUAAUACAUGUGUUCAAAACCCAGUCCAAGAUCAGACUCAUUUCUCUUUCAACACCACUCCACAAUCAUCACUGGCAUCUGCGAGUAGCUUCUUUGCGAAUGGCAUGAAGACAGACAAGGAGAAUUUUGGGAAAGAGCAAGUUCGUGUUCCCCAAAACGGACGAAAGUCCAAAAUAAGGGUAAAACCACUGGAUCCAUCCCCGGCCAGUCUCGCCGAGCCAGUCGCCAAGUCAACGCCACCGAGAAAACCACGCCCUGGGGUGUAUCGUGACAGUGUUCCCCUGAAGGCCAUACCGACACCGCCCUAUCUUCCGUCCUCUUCUGUAUCAACAAUAGACAAAGAACCGCGCAAACCGGAAUUCGAUAGUCUCCUCUUCCCUCGGGCUAGUACUCCACCGCCUCUCAGAAGAAAGAGGGCCAUAAUAAAUGCAGUCGUCACAACUGUCAACGCAGGGAAGAAGAUUAAUGCGACUAUGACUGGAACUCCCACCCACCCCGAAAAGGCGGCCCUCUUUGCCCCAGAUCCUAAUAGGAAAAGGCGGGAAAGGGAGGAGAAAGCCGAAAGUCGGGAUUCUAUUACGUCCCGAAAAGGCCAAGAACAGGCAAAUAUAAGACGAGAAUCUGGAUUUUACCCACAGUCCCCUUCCCCAGCGAUCAAGAGGAGGGAAAGUGUUGCAUCAAGAGUCAGCACGAGAGCGUCUAUGUCAUUACGUCCUAUUUCCGCAAUUAAGAAUGUUUUCAGGCGCGAAUCGAAGGAUGUUGCUCCGGUUCAGGAGCAAGUCGGUACAUCCGAGGACUACUAUGCGGAGGUGUCCAGGAGAACUUUCGUGCGUGGAGGCGAGAAUGAGAAGGAUCUUUCGGUCGAGAGGCUUAAGGAGAUUGGCAAUACUGAGAGAUUGGAGGACACUGAAGUGGAGGAGCUAGAGCAGCCUGAUGAUUUUGAGAACCCCGAUGAGUUUUUGGUUACUCGGUAA